GCCGAAUCCACCUCGCACAGCUCCAGCGACAACCCGAGUCAGCCAAUCAGCGCAUAGCAAAAACCGAUGUCCCAAUCCCGCUCUGUCCGCAACUCAAGCUCCCCCAAGCCCUCCUUCCAGUGUAUAGAGCCACGCAUCGAUCAUUGACCCGCGUAUUCCACUAAAAAUCACUCACAAUGUCGCGGAGAGACCCUCAGUUUAACCAACAAAACCUCUACGACCCGACGCCUAUGCCCGAUGGCGUCCCUAAGGUUGCCGAGAUUGGAGCUACCUCUGCGCCGCUGACCAGCGCUGCUUACUUCAUUGGAGACCGGUGCAAGGCGUUCAACGAUGACUACAUGAAGUGCAAGGAAGAGUCGAACGGGCGGGGAGAGGUCGACUGUCUCAAGGAGGGCAGGAAGGUGACCCGCUGUGCGGCCAGUGUUAUCAAGGAUAUCAACACGCACUGUCUCCAGCAAUUCAACACUCACUGGCAGUGCCUGGAGAACAACAACCACCGACUAUGGGAAUGCCGCAAGGAUGAGAUGGAUUUGAACAAGUGUGUUUUUGACAAGCUGGGCCUCAAGAAGACUAUCCCCGGAACCCCCGAAAACGUGACACCCGUGCAUCUCCGUCCUAAGCAGCUGUAUGCUUCUUUCCCCGGACCGCAAUAUUAAACAACCCCUGCAAUGUAAAACGUCUUGUUAUAAUUAGAGAGAAUAAAUGCAGUGCCAAUGGUUGUUGUGGGUCUCCUGUGUCGUUUAUUAGUUUUGCUGUUAUCAGUCUCGUGUCAUGGUCUGGAUUUGAUCGGGAUGUGUU